CGCCCCGCCCCGCCCCGCCCCUCCCCUCCUCUCCCGAGCUCCUCCCGGCUCCGAUGGCCGUCGCCGAGGCCGCCGCCGCCGACCACGCCGCGCCGCGCCCGGAGGAGGCGCCCGGAGCCGGCUCCGGCUCCGACGCCGGGGAGCGCGAGAUGCGGGAUCUGGAGGAGCUCCUCUCCAAGCUCAACCCCAUGGCCGAGGAGUUCGUCCCGCCCUCCCUCGCCUCCCCCGCCGCCGCCCUCGCGCCCGCACCCGCGCCCGCGCCGCUCUCCCCGGCCGCCUACGGCUACUACCCCGCCAACGCCGGCUUCGCGGUCGCCUCGCCGGCCCACCGCGGCGUCGUCGGCUUCCCGGCCGUCGCCGACGGGCCCGCCGCCCGCGGCAGGAAGAAGGGGGGAGCCGGAGGGUUCGGCGGCCAGGGCCACCCCGGCAGGCGCCGGACCAACAGCCGCACCAGCAUGGCGCAGCGGGACGAGGUCAUCCGCCGCACCGUCUACGUCUCCGACAUCGAUCACCAGGUCACUGAAGAAAACCUGGCAGCACUAUUUAUAAACUGUGGACAGGUUGUGGAUUGUCGCAUGUGUGGGGAUCCAAAUUCAGUUCUUCGUUUUGCUUUCAUUGAGUUCACUGAUGAGGAGGGUGCCAGGGCUGCUCUAAAUCUGUCAGGGACUGUGCUUGGAUAUUAUCCUGUCAGGGUUCUGCCAUCAAAAACUGCAAUUGCACCUGUCAACCCAACAUUCCUGCCCAGGUCUGAUGAUGAACGUGAAAUGUGCGCAAGGACUAUUUACUGCACAAACAUUGACAAGAAGGUCACUCAGGCAGAUCUGAAAUUGUUCUUUGAGUCUAUAUGUGGAGAGGUCUUUCGGCUGAGGUUGCUUGGUGAUUACCAUCAUUCUACUCGCAUCGCCUUUGUGGAGUUUGUAAUGGCUGAAAGUGCCACUGCUGCUCUCAACUGCAGUGGUGUGAUUCUAGGUUCCUUGCCAAUAAGGGUGAGCCCAUCGAAGACUCCUGUGCGUCCCCGCGUGCCUCGCCAGCUGAUGCACUAGAAGUUGUAGGUACAGGAGGUGCUGAAGGCACAGUUAUAUAUAAUAGAGAUAGACAUAUAUGAAAGGGGGGAAGUCGCAAUAUGUGUCUUUUCUUUUUAAGUUAUGGGCUCGACCUUUUUUUUUUCUUCACUAUUACCACCUUGAGUGAGUAAAGUAUCUACGCUCGGAGCCAGAGAGAGGGGAAUUUCCGGGUUGAGGUUGGGUCGUUUUACCUUGCACAUAGCGGAGAGCUUCUUAGAAGGAAGCGGGGUUGGUCUCUUGUCCUUGAUGCAACAAGGCAAAACUCCUGGACUUUUACCUGUGUUCAGUUGUUUGCUGUGUCUUGGUUGCUACUCUCAGAAACUUGGGAAUUACUUGGAGAUUAUGAACGCUUACCGUUAUGCCCUACUUUAUGCUUCCGUGUAGUUGUGCUUUUGUUCUUCCAGUUGCUCUAUUGUUCCAAUUUCUGUGUGUGAUGCGCAUUUUUAUCAUGUGUCUGUAGUUGUUUGAGACCUGAUCUUGUGUUAUAUAAACUGCAAUCAAUAAAUACUGAGUUGCAUGCA